AUGGCUUUCUCUUUGCUUUCUAAACUUUCAAUUUUGCCUUUGUUAUCUUUGUCUCUCUUUGCCUGUUCUUCAUUAGCUCAUGAUGAUUUUUCAAUAGUGGGGUAUUCUUCUGAACACCUCACUAGCAUUGACAAACUUGUCUAUCUUUUCUACAAGUGGAUCUCAAAACAUGGCAAAAUUUAUGAAAGUAUAGAAGAGAAGUUUCAGAGGUUUGAGAUAUUCAGAGAUAACUUAAAACACAUUGAUGAAACAAAUAAGAAAAUCAGUGAUUACUGGUUGGGGCUUAAUGAGUUUGCUGAUUUGAGCCAUGAAGAGUUUAAGAGCAAGUAUUUGGGACUCAAACACAAUAUUGGGUUUCAGCACAUGUAA